AUGGUGGGUAAUGCAAUGUUUAAUAUCCAAAUUUACAACCGCCUUAAGGAUAUUAAGGGUAGCUCAAAACCCUUUGGAGGUGUUAGUAUUAUAGCCGUUGGCGACUUGUUUCAACUACCACCAGUCAUGGAUAGUUACAUAUUCAAAGAUAUGAAUCACUCAGAAUAUGCCAUUCUUGCACCCAAUCUUUGGAAUGAACUUUUUAAAAUGUUUGAACUCGAUGAAGUAAUGAGACAACGAGAAAGCAAAGAGUUUGCUGAGAUGUUGAACAGACUUAGAGAGGGAAAGCAUACAGAACAAGAUAUUGUUAACUUAAAACAAAGAAUAAUAGAAGUCAACAAUAGUAACUAUCCACUUAAUGCACCGCAUCUUUUUACGGAGAAUGAAAAAGUAAAUAAGUUUAAUGAUAGAGCACACCGUAGCAUAUCUGGUACUAAGUAUAUAAUUAAAGCACAUGACAGUGUCAUAGGAGCUACAUCUACUGAACUAAGAGAUAAAAUAAUGAAGCAAAUACCUAACCUAGAACCAAAAAACACUAAACGGCUGCAUUACAAUCUAACUCUUGCAGUUGAAGAAAGAACAGAAAUAUCACUGAAUACAAGAAUUGAUGAUGGCAUGACAAAUGGUGCUAGUAAUGUAAUUAAACUGAUUCAACUUCAUGUGCCAGACAGACCAUCUGGUGUCAUAUGGGUCCAAUUUGACCAUGCUGAUGUAGGUAGAAAAACCAGACAUGAUAACGGACAAUUGUAUACCCAAGGCAUCGAGCCUACUUGGACAUCUAUCAAACCUGUUACCGCAGUGUUUGCAGUUGGUAAAAAUCGAACUGUUCAAGUUGUAAGAAAACAGUUUCCACUUAGACCUGCUGCUGCCAAAACAAUUCAUAGAUCACAAGGUGACACAGAAACCAGAGUUGUAGUUAACAAUUCCUCAUAUGCAUUAUGUUGGGCUCAGCAGAGUAACAACUAUAGAGGGACUGUAUAUCACUGA